AACCAACGCCCCUAAAAGCCGGACAUCACCGAACAUAGCAAAUCUGUGAUAGGAGAAUUUACGACCAAAAACGAAGCAUUUUUGUACUGUUUUACUAGUAUUUGAAUCUAAAGGAGGUGGUCUUGUAGUCCAGAUAAAUUUUGUGCCACUGUCCUGGUUUAUUCUACAUUUCUAGUGUAAAUAUGCAGACGAUAAAGUGUGUAGUUGUUGGUGAUGGAGCUGUUGGUAAAACCUGUUUGCUAAUUUCAUACACAACAAAUAAAUUUCCAAGCGAAUAUGUACCUACAGUAUUUGAUAAUUAUGCAGUAACAGUUAUGAUAGGCGGCGAGCCUUAUACUUUAGGAUUGUUUGAUACAGCUGGUCAAGAGGAUUACGACAGAUUACGACCUCUCUCAUAUCCACAAACAGAUGUAUUUUUGGUUUGUUUCUCUGUAGUCUCGCCGUCAUCGUUUGAAAACGUCAAAGAAAAGUGGGUUCCAGAAAUAACACAUCAUUGUCCCAAAACACCAUUCUUACUUGUUGGUACUCAAGUGGAUCUAAGGGACGACGCAGGCACAUUAGAGAAGCUAGCCAAAAACAAACAAAAACCACAGUCAGUAGACCAGGCUGAGAAGUUAGCGCGAGAACUCAAGGCUGUGAAGUACGUUGAAUGUUCAGCUCUGACGCAAAAAGGUUUAAAGAACGUAUUUGAUGAAGCAAUAUUGGCAGCUUUAGAGCCUCCAGAACAACCAAAGAAAAGAAAGUGUACUUUACUGUAAGCUUUCUAAAUACAAUGUACGCUGCUAUGUGAAGUAUUCAUGUAGCAUUAUGAUUGUCCACCAAAAAAAAUAACUAUCAGAGACAAUAUUUACAUUUCUAUGAGGGUUAUAAUCUGAUCCUCAUAGAAAUUGUGUUUCAACUAUUUGAAAUACUAAAUCAAAACCACAAAAAUGUCAAAAUAUUACUUAGCUUCAAAGAAAGGGAUGCAUUUUAUUCUGCAGCUCAAAGUCUUUCUUCCUUGUAGUAUAGUGUUGGUAUAAUAACAGGCUGUCUUUAUGAUAAAUUUUAUGAUUCAGUAUGUCAAUUAUUAUGCAAUUUUUUGCAUUGCGUCAAGGUAACAAAAAUGUUUUGCCAUAGCUCUCAUCCUUGUUUUCUGUAUGCUUGUGUUUUUUAUCUUAAAAACAUUGAAAAAAUAAAAGAAAAUUUGCCCAGUAAAUUCUGCUUCAAUUGUGUUUUCUAAAUAUUUCAAUUUUAGAAUUUCAUUUCAAAGAUUUGAGCUUGAUCUUUGUCAAACUGUAGCCAGCAUACGUAUCUAUGAAAUCGCUGAAAUAUAAUGAGCCUGUUGUUUCUAUAUUCUUCUACAGGUUGCUAGUAUUCAAAUACUGUUUUCUUUAGAAUGUACAUAUUUUUGAUUAUAGUUUUACACAAACCAUCAUUUAUUGAAUGUGAUUUGUGCAUUUUAUUUUGAAGUGUGAAAUGAUUAUUAAGACAACUGCUCAUUUUCCUUCACAAUUUGAAGAGAAUUGAUUUUUUCUUUACAGCUUACUAUAUAAAAGUGUGGUCACUGAUAAUGUAUUCCCAUACUUCUGUCUUGUCAUCAUUCUAAUGUCUUGAUCCCAGAUCAGUGGUUGGUAAUAAGCAAGACAAAAGUUUGCAAAUACAUUAAUACUGGCCACACUUUUACACUCUUGUGCGAUAAAAUAAUGACAUUUUUAGAAUAUUGAUGAAAAUACAUGAAGUGACACUGAAGAAAUUGACCAAUCAUGUGAGAACAUUUUGAAAUGAUGAAUCUAAUUGGAUGAUAUCAACCAAUCAUAGUGAAGUUUUUAUCUCCUGGUUUUCAUGAGCCAAUCACUUGAAAGCAUUCAGGAAUGCAUUGAUAUUAUUGGAUAGCGAGGUCUGUUAUCUGAUUGGUCAGUCUCAUUGAAGUGUGCUUAAAUGAUAGCACCUAACUGACUAUACUAAUCUCUUUGGUCUUGUCUUAAUUUAGUAUACUUUGGCUGUCACUAUUACAAGGGUCACUUUACCAUGUAUUUUCUGUGCCAUAAUUACGGUUUUGCAGUGUUACAAAAUCUGCGUAGUACAGCUGGAUAAAACCAGAAAUCACUAGCCGUGUAGCUACCAUGCAGCAAUCCACAACAGUUCUUUAAGGGCUUUGGUGAAUUUUGUGUUGAGCUGCUUCCCAUCACUCCCCUACAUGGGUUCUUUUAUUCACUUAUUAGGAAGGGAAGUGAUGGGCAGCAGUUGCACAGCUGUUGCAGUGUUUGUAUCUGCCUAAAAAUUCACUCAAAAAAUACUUCAAUAAUUAUUUUCAUGUUAAUGUAAAGUGCAGUUUUAAUAAAUAAUAAAUAAUGACAAACCUUGAUUGAA